GGCUUCACAUUGAACUUCAGGCUACGUAGUGAAGCAUCACCGGUGAUUUUCGUUUUUGCACAGUGUAAACAAACCGAACCGAAAGCAAAAAGCCAGAACAAACAGAACGUGAAAAGUGCAAAUAGAAACCGAGAUAUCGACUCAGCCAGAGAGGAAGAGGGAGAUAGUAACGCUAUGGAUGCCAAGGAGUUUCGGGAAUUUGGCAAGGCGGCAGUCGACUUUGUGGCCGACUAUCUGGAGAACAUACGCGACCAUGAGGUUUUGCCCUCUGUGGAGCCUGGCUAUCUCUUGGAUCUCUUGCCCAAACAGAUGCCCGAGGGGCCUGAACCUUGGACCGAGGUGCUGAGCGACAUUAAUCGCGUGAUCAAGCCAGGCAUCACCCACUGGCAGUCGCCCAAUAUGCACGGCUACUAUCCCACCAGCACAUCCUAUCCCUCCAUUGUGGGUGAGAUGCUGGCCAGUGGGUUCGGCAUCAUCGGCUUCAGCUGGAUUUGCAGUCCCGCCUGUACUGAGCUUGAAGUGGUGGUCAUGGACUGGCUGGCCAAGUUCCUCAAGCUUCCCGAGCACUUCCAGCAUGCCAGCGACGGGCCUGGCGGUGGUGUGAUUCAGGGCUCCGCGAGUGAAGCCGUUCUGGUAGCCGUUCUGGCCGCCCGGGAGCAGGCAGUGAUCAGCUGCAAGGAGACGCAUCCCGAACUGAGUGAGAGCGAGGUGCGAGGCAAGUUAAUCGCCUACUCCUCCGACCAGAGCAACAGUUGCAUCGAGAAGGCGGGAGUGCUGGCGGCCAUGCCCAUUAAGUUGCUGCCGACUGGCGAUGAUCUGAUCCUGCGGGGCGAUACGCUGGCGAAGGCAAUCGAGGACGAUGUGGCAGCUGGACUGAUACCGGUCAUAUGUGUUGCCACCUUGGGCACCACAGGGACGUGCGCCUAUGACGACAUCGAUUCGCUGGCCGAUGUCUGUCAGACCUUGAAAGUGUGGCUUCACGUGGAUGCAGCCUAUGCAGGGGGCGGCUUUGCCCUUGAAGAGUGCGCGGAGCUGCGCAGGGGACUAGAUCGCGUGGACUCGCUGAACUUCAACCUGCACAAGUUCAUGCUAGUUAAUUUCGACUGCUCGGCUAUGUGGCUGAAGGACGCCAAUAAGGUAGUGGACAGCUUCAACGUGGACCGCAUCUACCUGAAGCACAAGCACGAGGGCCAAUCUCAAAUACCAGACUUUCGCCACUGGCAGAUCCCUCUGGGCCGCCGUUUCCGUGCCCUCAAGGUGUGGAUUACAUUCCGAACUCUUGGCGCCGAGGGACUGCGCAGUCAUGUACGCAAGCACAUCGCGCUGGCCCAACAGUUCGAGGAAUUUGUAAAGAACGACUCGCGUUUCGAAAUGGUUGCCCCCCAAGCACUGGGGCUGGUCUGCUUCCGUCCCAGGGGUGACAAUGAACACACCGCUCAGCUUCUUCAACGACUCAUGGAGCGCAAAAAGAUCUACAUGGUGAAGGCCGAGCAUGCGGGACGCCAGUUCCUCAGAUUUGCCGUCUGCGGCAUGGAUGCAAAGCCCUCCGACAUUGAGUUUGCCUGGACAGAGAUCGAGACGCAGCUGACGGCCCUCCUGGCUGAGAAAUCGCUGGCUGCUCGGAAAACCCGGCAAUGUUUCCGAUCUGACGCAUCACUUUCAGAUGCAUCUGGCCAGUGAUAGCGGGACCCACGAGAAGUCGCAGUGACGACAAUAGCGCCCGAUUCCUAUACAAUUGAACUAUUUAUGUUUAGGAUGUCCUUAGUUUGUUUUGUAGUUAUUAG